AAAGGACGCACAUCUUCUUCCUAAAAACCCACAAGACAGGCAGCAGCACAGUUGUGAAUAUAUUAUUCCGUUUUGGAGACACUCGCAACUUGACCUUUGCCUUUCCAAAGAAUGGACAUUUUUCAUACCCCAGUUAUUUUAAAUCCAAAUUUAUUGAUGGUUUCUCAAAGGAAAGCAAUCAGGAGUUUCAUAUCAUGUGCCAUCACAUGAGGUUCCAGCUCAGUGAG